GCUAAUUUCUAUCAAAAUAAGCUCACCCAUACAGAAGUGUUUUUUUGAGUUGUGAAAGGAGGUCUGCUGAUUUUAUUUCUAUUAGUACCGAGCCAGUGGCAACCGCAGACUCUUCCAUCGCUUAGACGAGUAUGCACACGUAGCCAUCAUGGGCAAUCAGCUGACUGGUGUGGCCCCGUCUCAGAUCCUUCCGGUAGAGCAUUACCUGACAGAUGUGUCCGAUUAUGAGUUCGACCACAGUCUCGGUAGUACCCGAUUCUUCAAAGUAGCGAGAGCAAAAUACAAGGAAGGAUUAGCUGUGGUGAAGGUGUUUGUGAUCCAUGACCCCUCCCUGCCACUCAGGUCAUUUAAAGAGAAGAUUGAGGACAUCAAGACAAGACUUUCCAACGGUUCCAACUGUUUACCCUUCCUUAGAAGCACACUAUCCGAUAAAGCAGCCCUUCUGUUUCGUCAGUAUGUGCGCAACAAUCUCUACGACCGCAUCAGUACCCGGCCCUUCCUCAUCUCCAUUGAGAAGAAGUGGAUUGCAUUUCAGUUGCUUUGUGCACUGAAUCAAGCUCAUCUAGUUGGGGUAUGUCAUGGGGACAUCAAGAGUGAGAAUGUGAUGGUGACUGGUUGGAUCUGGGUUCUACUCACAGACUUUGCCAGUUUCAAGCCAACCUAUCUUCCAGCUGACAAUCCUGCUGACUUCUCAUUCUUCUUCGACACCUCCCGUCGUCGUACCUGCUACAUUGCCCCUGAGAGGUUCGUAGAGGGCAGCAGCUCACGGCCUGUAGACAAUGCCACGUCCGAGACAGUAGAGGGCCUUCAAGUCAGGCAGGAUGUAAAGGGAGGGGAACUGACUCCUGCCAUGGACAUAUUCAGUGUUGGGUGUGUGAUUGCUGAGCUCUUCACAGAGGGCAACGCGCCCUUUGACCUCUCUCAGCUCCUAGCCUAUUGUAGUGGCGCAUACUCGCCUGACGCUGUGCUGGAGCAGAUUGAGGAUGAACACAUAAAGGAGCUCUGUAAACACAUGUUACAGAAGGAUCCAUCCAAGCGAAUGUCGGCUGAACAGUACCUGGUAAAGGGGCGUGGUACGGCAUUCCCAGAAUUUUUCUACACAUUCCUCAAAGUUUACAUGGGAGAGUUUGCCGGUGUCCCUAUCUAUCCAGCUGAUGAGAAAAUAGCAAGACUGCGUAAAGACAUGGGUAGCAUCAUGCAGACUCUCGUAGCCAACAUGGAGGAUGGGGAAAACAAUCAGCGCCAUAGCAACAACGGACUGGUAAUAGUCCUGUCUCUCGUCACAUCUUGCUUGAGAUCACUCAAGUUCUGUGUCUCACGACUGGGUGCUCUGGACAUCAUGUUGAUGAUUGGUAAACAUUUACCAGAUGACAUCAUACUGGACAGAAUCAUUCCUUGUAUUCUCCAUUUUGUACAUGAUCCUUUCCCAAGAGUACGAGCAGAGGCCAUCCGUACGAUCACCCAGACGCUCAUGUUGGUCAAGUCUGUCCCGAGAGGGGAUGCCAACAUAUUUCCUGACUACAUACUUCCAAAUUUGUCUAACAUAGCUCAGGAUCCCAUAGACAUGGUGCGGAUGGUAUACGCUGAGAACAUUGCCGUGCUAGCGGAGACUGCCCUCAGGUUUCUGGAGAUGGUACAGCUGGACCAGAAUGCUGCUCAGAGCGGAGAAACGGACGGUGUGCAGAAUCCAGCCCAGUAUCAGGCUAGUUAUGAUGAUGAGCUUCAGAACCUACAUGGUAUGAUCCAGCAGAAGGUCGUCACAUUACUCAGUGAUCCAGAAAACAUUGUAAAGCGAACCCUGCUUGAGAAUGGUAUCACCCGUCUCUGCGUGUUCUUUGGACGUCAGAAGGCUAACGAUGUACUGCUCUCACACAUGAUCACAUUCCUUAAUGACAAGGAGGACUGGCAUCUCCGAGGGUCAUUCUUUGACAGCAUAGUGGGCGUGGCUGCGUACGUUGGAUGGCAGAGCUCAUUCAUACUGAAACCUCUUCUACAACAGGGAUUAACGGACCAUGAGGAACAGGUCAUAUGCAAAGCCUUGAAGAGUGUCACAGGUCUGGUCCAACUUGGCCUACUUCAGAAGCCUGCCCUCCUAGAGAUGGCCUAUGAGCUCGUACCAUACGUAUGCCAUCCAGUGAGUAUAAAAUCAUCAAGUCAACGUCAUAAAAACACAACAAGCAUGUUAGUGCCUUGAUUUGAGAUUUAAAGGUAUAGACUAGUUUUGGAAACGCCCCCCUCUCAAAAAAUGAAAUGGAAGCUCUUAUUACCAA